AUGUCUUCAAGAAGCAAAAAGAUACUUGCUCUAGCAAUUGGUCAUAAAGGAGAUGAUUCUGGAUCAAUUGGAAAUCAUAUAACUGGAGAACCAAGUAGUGACCUACCAUCACCUGCAUCAUUUUCAAUUCGACCUGUCGAUGAUUUUCCAGUUCAUUAUGAAGUGACAGAGUUUGAAUCUGGAGAGUUAAUAGAAAGAAGUGGAAUGCAAAUGGACAUUGAUCCAGAAAUAUUCGCUGCAGACACUGGCCUUGAAUAUAAUAAUAUUCCUGUCAAUUGCCUCCUCACAGAACCCACUACUCAGUCAAACAAAGCAGACAAUUUGGGAUUAUUUAUAGAUAAUUCUUGUACGGCUAUAGACAUUCAGACCACUGAUGGUGGCAAUGAAUCCUGUGAAAAAGAUGGAGCUGCGGUAAGUGCAUUUUCUCACGAUGAAGAAGGAGAAGAACAAGAAGAAGAUCCCUUCGCUGGCGAUGAUACUUUUAAUGAUCCAGAUUUUUUACUAACUUCGGAAUCUGAUAAUGAAUCCAAUCCAGAACAGGCUAUCCCAAAAAAAAAAAUUAAAGUUUUGAGGCAAGAUUCUGAAAAUAGCAGUACUGUAACGCAGGAAAAGCUGCAAUACGAUGUACCAUGUAGGCGAUCAAGAAAAAUAAGAAAAGAUAGAAAAGAUAAAAGAAACUUGGGAAAAGCCUAUGUAACUGAAAAGGGAAAAAUUGUUCCGGAGAAGAAGUGCGCGGAAGAGUUACAACAAUGCAGAAUGAAAUGCAAAAAUAAGUUCGAUUAUGCUGUGAGAAAGGAGCUGUUUGAUUCAUUUUGGGCAAUGAAGAGUCGAGAUAGAAGAUCAGACUACCUGAGUGGACUUGUUACUUCACAAUCAAAAGCAACUCAAAGAUUGCGACAUGAAGGUCAAUCGAUUCGAAAUCGAACACUUACCUAUGUAUAUCACCUGAAAAUAAAUGGUCAAAUGCAGGUCAUAUGCAAAAGUUGUUUCCAAAAAACAUUCGACGUUACUGACGGAUUCAUAAAAUAUAUGCUCAUGUCAAGAACCGACAAUACAGCCGGUAUUGCCCAAACAGAUCAGAGAGGAGCCCAUCCUCCUCCUUCAAAAACAUCAGAAGAGAGAAAAAAUGAAGUUUUUGCACAUAUCAACUCAUUUCCUCGCUACAAGAGUCACUAUAGUCGAAGACAUACGGAUAUAGAUUACCUUGCAGCAAAUUUAAACAUAAGGUUGAUGUAUUCGCUCUACAAAGAAAAUCACUCAAAUCCAGUGUCAUAUGGCAUUUAUAGGCAACUUUUCAAUGAAAUGAAUUUGUCAUUCAAAUUGCCCCAUAAUGAUACAUGCAAUACCUGUGAUACGUUCUCUUUACAGUUUAAACUUGCUAGUACAGAAGAUCAGAAGGCAAUACAGACUGAGUGGGAUAAACAUAAAGACAUGGCUGACAAACAUUAUCUGGCUAAGUCCAACGAUAAGGAGAACGCAAAAAUCGACAAAUCAAUGAAAACAAUUUCAUUUGAUCUUCAGCAAGUACUAGCAACUCCACAUAUUCAAACGAAUGUUAUAUUUUAUAAACGUCAGCUAUCUGUAUAUAAUUUGACGAUUUAUGAUGGGGUCGAAGGGAUUGCCAACAAUUUCCUAUGGGAUGAAACAAAAGCUGGUCGAGGUGCAAAUCAAAUCGGAUCUUGUUUAUUUAAAUAUUUAACAGAAUUACCUCCGGAAGUAACGCAAGUGGUCAUGUACUCGGAUACCUGCACGGGUCAGAAUCGGAAUUCUCAUAUAGCCGCCAUGUGCUUUUCAGCCUUACAGAAAAACCCAAAUUUGAAAUCAAUUGACCACAAAUUUAUGGUUAGUGGUCAUUCUCAUAUGGAAUGCGAUACAGCUAAUGUCAUGAUUGAGAAGAAGAAAAAACGAACGGAUAUGAGGAUCCAUCACCCUUGGGACUGGGCUCAACUCAUUCGCACUGUUGGAACAAAAAAUAAGUUCUUAGUUACAGAAAUGCAACAAGAAAAUUUUUUGGACUUCAAAUCAUUUUAUUCCCAAAAACUGCAGAUUAAAAGUAAAAACUGUGACAAUGAAAAAUUUGUAUGGCAUGAUGUGCAGUGGAUGAGAUUCACAGCUGACCAGAUUGGUAUAAUUGAUUACAAAACAUCCAUAGAUGCUUCGGAACUGUUUAAAAAGAUGUCCUUUUUACGAAGACGUCAAGUAAAUCCAGUUUUGGACGCUCCGCGUCAGUACUCGAAAUUACUUCCCAUUUCUGAGGAAAAAAAGAAAGAUCUCUUAAGCAUUCUACACCUGAUAGAUCCUGUAUUUCACCAUUAUUAUGCGAAUCUACCAGUCUCGUCAAGUCGCGGAGACGAGCAAAAUAGUUCUGAUGAAGAUGAAAACUAA